AUGGACGUCUCCAACCCCCCUCUCCGCGGAUGGGUCUGUCACGACUGCUCACACUUCAACGUACCGGGCACCAUAGGUUCACCCGGCGGCCCAUGUCAAACAUGUGAAUUGCCGGUCUGCGAGGCCGAGUGCGCCGAUGCAACUGUCACAACGCGCGACGACCGUCGCUGUUCGGGAUACGCUUGUUGGUACUGCAAGUACUUCUAUCCGUGGCCCGAGGACAAAGAUGGGAACCGUCUGCUAGGUAGCGCACUUGCUUGUGGUAUCUGUGAGGAUUUGGAAGAAGAGGAGGUGGUGUUUGUCAAGAGUUGGAUUGAGGAAUUUGAUGCAAUCGAGGAGAAGAGGACUGAGCAACAGGAGAAGGACAAGGAUGAAAAGGAUGAAAAGGAAGACAAAGACGCUAAGUUGGAUGAUUUCGAUGAUGGUUGA